CUCUCUCCUCUUCACGCAAUCUCCAUUCACCCGCUUAUUCCUGCAACUUUACUCUCUCUCUCUCCCCGUCUCUCUCCCUCUCUCUCUCGCCCAUCUCUCUCCCUUCUCCCUCCCCCUCUCUCUACAUAUACACGCACACUCGUACACAUACAUACACAUCUCUCUUAAAAAAACAUCCAUUCUCUUCGUUCUUCUUACAAACAGAGGUGUUAUUUUGGAGGGCGGCAAUUAAAAUCGAUUGAAUCUUCGUAUUUUAUUUAUAUCGCGACAUUCAACUCUAUCAAUUCUGGCACUGAAAUUAAUAUAAAAUAUCUGUGAAAUGGUGGAUCAAAUGGCUACAGAGCAAUAUUUUCAAGAGGCUUCAAAUUUGGGGGACUUCAGUGAGAGUAAAGGAACUUCCCAACAGAAAUGUCAAUCUGGCUCCAACACGGAGGACAAGGUCGAACAAGGUAUAACUGGAUCUUUUGACUGCAACAUCUGUUUAGAUUUUGUGCAUGAUCCAGUUGUUACCCUUUGUGGCCAUCUCUAUUGUUGGCCUUGCAUCUACAAAUGGAUUCAUUAUCAGAGUGUCUCUCCUGAAAAUCCCGACUACCAGCCACCACAAUGUCCAGUAUGCAAGGCGGUCGUGUCAAAGGAAACCUUAGUACCACUAUAUGGCCGUGGCCUAUCUACUAAACCUUCAGAAUCUACACCUUCACAUCUGGGUUUGGUCAUACCACAAAGACCUUCCACUACCAGAUGUGGGAUCCAGACUCAUACACCUACUCCUCAUAUACGACCACCCCAGCACCUGCAUUACCGCCAACAUCGACAUCAUGUACAGCCAUAUUAUUCUUUCCCAGAUGGCUACAGCACUACACCGAUGCUCAGCUUAAGUAGCACAACUGCAACGAACCCAGUGGUAGGGGUGUUUGGAGAAAUGGUUUAUGCGAGACUGUUUGGAAACUCAGAAACAACAUUAUACAACCCAAACUCUUAUAAUAUAAUCAUCAACAGUAAUCCAAGGUUUAGAAGGCAUGUGAUGGAGGCAGAUAAAUCGCUAGGCAGACUCUUGUUUUUCCUCUGCUGUUGCAUGGUCUUGUGUCUUCUAUUGUUCUGAUCACUGUUUCUUCUUCACCACUUGUAUAAUGUAAAAGAAAAAAGAGACAUACAUUAUAUAUUGGACACUUGUGUAAACAUCCGGCAUGAUUGAUGUAAUACAUGAAUAUAUAUAUGAUGAGUAUAUAUAUAUUACAGUAUCCUUUAGUUGGU